AUGGCGGGAGGCAGUGAGGCUAGGGGCGGGGAGUGCGGCUACUACACGACGGACGACGCGCUCUCCCAGGUGGGCUUCGGGAGGUUCCAGGCGCUGGUGCUGGCCUACGCCGGCGUGGGCUGGACCGCGGAGGCCAUGGAGAUCAUGAUGCUGUCCUUCGUCGGCCCGUCCGUGAAGGACGAGUGGGGAAUCUCGGGCCAGCAGGAGGGGCUCAUCACCAGCGUCGUCUUCGCCGGGAUGAUCAUCGGGGGCUUCCUCGGGGGCGUCAUCUCGGACUCGUAUGGCAGAAGGAUUGGUUUUCUAUUCACCGCGGUUGUCACUGGCAUAUUUGGUUUUCUCAGUGCUUUGUCACCUAACUACAUGUGCCUAUUAACCCUCCGCUUUAUUGUCGGUAUGGGAUUGGGUGCUGGUCAUGUUCUUGGUACAUGGUUCCUAGAGUUUGUUCCUGCUGCAAACAGGGGUACUUGGGUGGUUGUCUUCCAUUGUACUUGGACUUUUGGAACAAUCCUUCAGGCUCUUAUUGCAUGGGCUAUCAUGCCAGUACUUGGAUGGAGGUGGUUGAUAGCGUUGUCUUCAACACCAUGUUUCAUUCUGCUUAUUUUCUAUGGUAUAACACCUGAAUCACCACGGUACCUCUGCUCAAGAGGUAGAACAGCUGAUGCUCAAUUUAUUUUGGAGAGAAUAGCAAUAAUGAACAACAUGGCUCUGCCCUCUGGCACCUUAAUAGUUGCCCCACAAAGAAGGUCUGAUGAUGUUGUUGAUGCGGAGACAAUAGUACCGCUGAUUCUUUCACAAGAUAGUGCUGCAACUGACGUUUGCAUGAGCUCCUCUAUAUCCAGAUCUAUUAAUGCAUUCCGUACACUUGUGUCACGAAGCCUGAUUAGAUCUACACUUCUUCUUUGGUUUGUCUACUUUGCCUUUUGUUUUGCUUACUAUGGUAUAGUAUUGCUAACAUCGGAACUAAGCAAUGGUGGAAGGAGAUGUGGACCUGUUGGAAUGCAUUUGUGGCAGCGAAAUGAUGCCAGACUCUACAGAGAUGUCCUGGUGACAAGUAUUGCGGAAUUUCCUGGUCUGAUUUUGGCGGCUCUAUUUGUUGACAAAGUUGGUCGCAAACUGUCAAUGGGAGCGUUUGCUUUUCUGUGCCUUGUUUCCAUCGCACCACUUGCUGCACCUCUAGAAGAAGGUUUAGCAACCGUCCUUCUAUUCAGUGCCCGGACUUGUAUCACAGGAAGUUAUGCUGUUCUCUAUAUUUACGGCCCUGAGAUCUACCCUUCAUCAUGUCGGAACACCGGAGUGGGUGUCGCGACUUCUCUCGGCCGGAUAGGUGGCAUGAUUGCCCCACUCAUAGCUGUAGGAUUGCUAGAGAGCUGUCAUCAGAAAGAAGCUGUGUUUGUCUUCGAUCUUGUACUCUUUCUUGCAUCAGUUGCCUGUGCCCUCUUCCCUCUAGAGACCAAAGGCUGCCAGAUUCAGUAA